CCAUCAGCUUCCGUCGGGGCGAGUGCGCCUGCGCGACGGCCCGGCAGUGGCACCAGCCGAGAUCCAGCCCUUUCUCCCCUGCCACGUACGGGCGGCGGCAGCGGGAUCGGGAUCGGGCGCGACGGAGCCGCGGCCUCCACGCACGUGCCACCGCACGCGGAGGAGAAGCCGGAAUUCCAUGCCCUAUCGAUCAUUGAUCAGCAUAGUUUCUGGCAGUGCAUGGCAGGACAUCUGAACGCCAGCUGUAAGUGAAGCGGGGAACCUGAAAAGCAGUCUAGCAAAUCUGUAAGACAAGGUCUAUAGGAGGUCUGGAGUCCACCAUGAACGGACAGCUGGAUUUAAGUGGGAAGCUGAUUAUUAAAGCUCAGCUGGGGGAGGAUAUUAGGAGAAUUCCUAUUCAUAAUGAGGACAUCACCUAUGAUGAGCUAGUGCUGAUGAUGCAGAGAGUUUUCAGAGGAAAACUUCUGAGCAAUGACGAAGUCACAAUAAAGUAUAAAGAUGAAGAUGGAGAUCUUAUAACAAUUUUUGAUAGCUCCGAUCUUUCCUUUGCAAUUCAGUGCAGUAGGAUACUUAAACUGACAUUGUUUGUUAAUGGGCAGCCAAGACCUCUAGAAUCGAAUCAGGUGAAAUAUCUCCGUCGAGAGCUGAUAGAACUUCGCAACAAAGUGAAUCGCUUGUUGGAUUGUUUGGAACCACCUGCUGAACCAGGGCUUUCCACCAGCCUGCCUGAAAAUGAUGCUGUUGAUGGUAGUGAAGAAAAACCUGCUGCUACUGACUCUUCUGUCAAGCCAUCUACUCAAGUUAUAGCAGCAAGUAUGUCUGCUUUUGAUCCAUUAAAAAAUCAAGAUGAAAUCAGCAAAAAUGUCAUGUCAGCAUUUGGGCUGACAGAUGAUCAGGUGUCGGGACCACCCAGUGCCCCUGUAGACGAACGUUCAGGAACACCUGAUAGCAUUGCUUCCUCCUCUUCUGCAGCCCAUCCUCCUGGGGUUCAGCCGCAGCAGCCAGCGUAUGCAGGAACUCAGCCACCAACUGGUCAGAUGGAAGGCCAGAUGUAUCAACAGUACCAACAGGCAGGUUAUUCUGCUCAGCAACCACAAGUUCAGCCGCAGCAACAAUAUGGUGUGCAGUAUCCAGCAGGCUACAGCCAGCAGCCUGCUCCUCAACAAGGACAGCAGUUCCAAGGAUACAGUCAGCCGGCAUCACAGGCUCCUGCUCCUGCUCCUGCUCCUGGCUUUCCUGGUCUGCCUCAGCAGCAGUACCAGGCAAGCGCCUACCCACCACAGAACUAUACGACACAAGCCUCCCAGCCUGCUAAUUAUAAUGUGGCCCCUGCUUCCCAAGCUGCAAUGGCUCCAAGCCAGGCAGGCGCGUAUCAGCCAAGGCCAGGUUUCACGCCACCCCCUGGCGUGACUCCCCCUCCAAGUGGGCCUAACCCUUAUGCACGCAACCGUCCUCCCUUUGCUCAGGGCUAUACUCAGCCAGGACCUGGCUACCGAUAAGGAAGCUUAGCUGCAGAAUGACCUAAGUAAAUACAAGCAGCUAUUAACUACUACAUCCCAACAGGUUCCAAUAUUUAAAAUUGGUAUUGAUGUUCCAAAAUGAUAAGUCAGAGCAUUCUUUCACUUUUGUUGGAACAAAAGACCAAAUGAAUCUUAUUUCCUGCUUUAAAAUAUAUCAGCUUCCUACUUAGAUUUUGGGUUUUUGGAAACACUUCCUAAAUGUUUGUAAGGUGAUUGAGAGUCUAGCUUGCCUUGUCUGAAGGAAAUUAAAAUGCUAGUUGGAAAUUUAGCCCACUUAUCAGGCUUGUUUUUACUAAUACCAUGAUGUACUAAAUUAGACCCACUCUGGAAUUAAAACUAGGUAUUAUGUAUAAAUUGUAACAUUCACAUUGAACGCUAAUAAAAAUAUUGAAUCCA